AUGCUGGUUAUCCCUUCCAUAGCGACGGUGCUCGCUUGCGUCUUCGCCGUAAAGGCCACAAUCCUGGAGAAUGGUCGGCCCAGAGUGACAGACUUCAUCGACACCAAGGUGGACCUGGCUGCUGGCGACUAUAAGACUUAUGAUGCCGAUGCCGAGGAGAUAUCAUACAAGGGUCGAUGGGACUCCAAAAAGAUAUCCUGGUGGGCGGCUCCGGGUAUCAAAUUCGGCUUCACCGGCCAGACCGUCGCGGUGACGUUUGGUGAUCAAACCAUCAGCAGCACUUUGGUGGCCUACAGAAUCGCCGGUCUGGACUGGAUGCACACCAACGUCACAGCCGGAGCGACUCACCUCUUUGUGAGCCCCGAAACCCCGGGCAUCGAGCUUACCGGCCCCGUCAGCCCCGUGACUUUCGAGAUGAGGGUGACAAACUGGGCUUACGGGGUCCAGAUCGAACAGGUCCAUGUUGCCUCUGGGGAACAGCUCAUCAAGAUUCCCGAUUACCCGCGGCGGGUCGAGUUCAUUGGCGAUAGUCUGUCGGCAGGAAUGUACGCCACGUACGAGGCGAUGGCGGGUUUCGCUUACGGUGUCGGCGCUGGCCUGGGAAACACGGAAUACUCGAUCACGGCCUACCCAGGCAUUUGCGUUGCCGACCAAAACUGUUGGGGCAACCCUAGGGGACAGUCUCACCAGUGGUUCUAUACGUCGGACACUGGGGGACGGGCGGCCGAAGUAUGGGGAGGUAUGUGUUAUGCGAAAGCACCGGAGCAACAGUUGGACCUUGCCUCUUCCAACCAAAGCCAACACUCUUAUCCAACGCUGCAGAUGCUUUCUGGGACCGGGCAGCUGACAGCGGCCUGCGCAGAUGACCCCGAACCUUGGGACUUUUCCAGAAACCCCGCCGCCGACCUGGCCGUUAUCAAUCUCGGCACAAACGAUGCCAACGCCGCAAACAGCGUCAGCAAAGCUACUUACGUGGAACACUACAAGCGGCUGAUUCAAGGCAUUCAUGGCAAGUGGCCUAAUGCUCAGGUCAUAGUCAUGCAAAUGUGGCAAGGUUUCUUCCAGAACGGCAACACGUACGACCAAAACACGGAUCUUAGGGACGAAGUCUACAGUGUUUACGAGUACUUCAACUCGGAAGAAUAUCUCAGCAGUCCAACGAUAUGGGACGCCGUUACCAAUACGACCAGGAAGGCGUGCAAGCCGGCAAAGCCGUUCGUCCACUUCUUCAACACUACCGGCAUCCUGCAACACAACGACAUCGGAGGACAGUGGCAUCCCACCGACGUCGGGCAGAUCAAGGUUGCGAGCCACCUGAUACAGUACAUAACUCUGAAGCUUGGCUGGCCCUUGUACGCCACCGGACCCGAGGUCUACCAUGAGACGCUAUACUGGAACGACCAGUCCAGCUAUUGA